AUGGUAAAACUCAUUAUCCUCCCAUUUAUGAGUGGUCUUACCCUUGCUCUGGCGGCCACCAGUAUUACCGCUGCUGACAAUGCCCUGCUACGACGAGACUUCGAGUGUGACUCUUGCACACUGGUCAUGGGUGAAAUUAUAGGGCAACUCGGAGAUGAACGUGACGGCGCGGCUGUCGUGCAGGCUAUGGAGAAGGCUUGCCCCGUGUUACCGAUGGAUCCGGCGGAAUGCCAAAACUACAUUGACGUAUACGGCAACAUGAUGGUUCAACUUAUCCAGCAAAAUCUAACCCCCAGUGAAGUAUGUGCUGUGGUGGGAUUGUGUUAA